AUGCUCUCCUUCAAAUUCAUACUCCUACUCUUCUUUGGUCUGUUUAUGCAGACUGUCCUGGCCACCUCUUAUGGUCUUGUUUCCGAUGUUGUUACUCCUGGUGACGACGAUAACGCGUCCCAGGCCCCUGGAAAUGGAUUUGUCACUGCUGUUUCUGACUUGGGUGAUGAUACCUCUGACAACGGUCUCGUUGAGGUGACUACUGGUAUCUCUGAUAACAGUCUCGAUGAGAUGACUACUAGUACCUCCUCUGCCGAUACUUUCCCGAAUCGCAAGCCUAAGGGCUGCUGGGGCAUGUGCUCCCCCUCGAACAUGUGUCUCUGCAGGCACAAGAGCGUCCGGGUGUAUUGCUACUGUGAAACCCCCGGCAAGAAGUGCAGCUGUGGGCGUGACGCGCUGGCUUCCAGGGACGUGAUCGAGGCUGACGCAGAGGAUGCUGUCGUUGAUGAGGGUACGGUUACUGAUGUCGGUGUUGAUGGUGCUGAUAUCUCUGAUGCUGGCUCCUCUGAUGCGGCCGUCUCUGACAAUGUCCCCUCUUACGACGCUUCUGAAGACAUCGGCUCAUCCGACGAAGACACGUCACCCAUCAGCAUCCUCUCGAACAAAGGCAAACAGCAAUGCCACGGCAAGUGCACCAAGUGCCUCGGCAACUGCAAGGACAAGCUCCAGUGUCUGUGCAAGGGACGCGAUGUCGUCGCCCGUUGUGGGUGCGAGAGACUCGGGGAGAAGUGCCAGUGCAAGGGACCGUGGCGUGCGGCUCGGGACGUUACCUCGGUCAACAGCACUGCAACCGAUGAAGUGGAGAGCGCUACACCUGCCGCGGAUGAAGCUGCAGAUGAUGUCGACGGUGCAGCAGUCCCAGUCCCCGGUGUUUCUCUCGUCAGCGACAGCGAGCUCAUGGAGUCCAAACCUACGACCUGCCACGGGGUGAUGUGCUCCAAGGACGGCAAAUGCCACUGCAAGCAUGGGCCCUAUAACAUCGUCUGCCCCUGCCACCGACUCGGUGCCCCCUGCUACUGCAAGAACUGGCGCCGCGAUGAUGAUGUUCCUGGCAGUGUCGAUGCGGCUGUGGCAGAGACAGUCGAUACCACCACCACCCCUGCGACUCCGGUGGCUGAUGACAACACCCCUACUCCCACCCCCGAAGACGAAGAUGCGGAAGCGUCCUCACAACCUGGUUUCUCGCACGCCGUGAACGAUGAAUUCUCCACCCUCCAGCGAACCUGCUACGGCACCUGCAGCCGCAAGCACAAAUGCAACUGCCGCGGCAAGACCUGUCGCUGCCAGAUCCCCGGCGAGAACUGCAAAUGCGUCUUCCCCUUCCUGCCCCCGCGGGAGCUUGAAUCCAUCCCCACAUUCCCCGGUGACGAGGCGGAGGUAGAUGAUACGGUCAUCGAAGACCCCGCUACCUCAUCCACUGAGGACUCCACCGCCGAACUCAACCCCCAGGACGACAGCCCCCUCAACCCCGAGGAAGACGCCACUGACACCGAAACCGCAACCUCCCCGGUGGGCAUCGAAACUGAAAAUUCUCCGCUCGUCGCGCGUGGCGAGCCAUGCUGGGGCGUCUGCGACAAAUACCGGCACUGCUACUGCGGCCACAUCCGGACCAACUGCAACUGCUCCAAGCGCGGCCACCGGUGCUACUGCGGCUCGGGACCCAACGAUCUGCCGCCGGGGAUGGGGUCCGGGGUGACAUACUGAUUGGUUCCAUCGGCAAAGACAAUUGGACUUUGGUCACGUUUUCACCACUU